AAAGGAAUACUAUUUUCCCAAUGAUACUGUAAGAUUAAGCUGAAGCUACCACACGUGCGAGCUCUGUCUCGUUAUCAUCAUCGUCAUCCCUGAUUUCCUGGGAAUCGUCGAACAGGAAACCCUAGUGUUUGCUUUGUGUCCUUCUAGCGAUGAUAUAGGAUAUUUGUAGACUUAAUUAUAAUUUUCAGUAGAAGAUUCGAUUCAAUUAGUCAACCAAGCAAGCUCAGAUGAACUCUUUGACUAUAAAACCCUCUUUUCUACCAAAAUAUUCACUUUCUUCUUCUUCUUCUUCGUUUUGUUUCCCUCACUUGCAUUCUUCGAUUGGGUUCCCGUUAAAGACAAAAUAUGCAGGAAGGAGAUUGGGUUUGAGAAUCCAAGCUUACGAUUCUUCGAAGAGCGAUACUCCCAGUCCUAAUGGCGAUUCCAAGCCUUCUAAUGGAGCUCUGCCGAAUGGCAGGAGAGAACUACUACUGGAGUAUGUAAAGAAUGUUCAACCAGAAUUCAUGGAGGUGUUCGUGAAAAGGGCACCCCAACAGGUAGUUGAUGCCAUGCGCCAAACAGUAACCAACAUGAUAGGAACACUGCCCCCGCAGUUCUUUGCAGUAACAGUAUCCACGGUCGCUGAAAAUCUUGCCCAGCUAAUGUACAGCGUUAUGAUGACUGGAUAUAUGUUUAAGAAUGCACAAUAUCGGCUGGAACUUCAGCAGAGUUUGGAGCAGGUUGCACUUCCUGAUGUCCAAGAGAAGAAGGAUGCACCAGAUUAUGCACCUGGGACGCAGAAGAAUGUGUCGGGUGAAGUUAUUCGGUGGAAUAAUGUUUCUGGCGCUGAGCGAAUUGAUGCUAAAAAAUAUAUCGAGCUACUUGAAGCAGAGAUUGAGGAAUUGAAUCGCCAAGUGGACAGGAAAUCUGCAAAUGGACAAAAUGAAUUGUUGGAAUAUCUAAAGUCUCUUGAGCCCCAAAAUUUGAAGGACUUGACAAGUAGUGCUGGUGAAGAUGUUGUGCUUGCAAUGAAUACAUUCAUCAAGCGGUUAUUGGCUGUUUCAGAUCCUGCCCAAAUGAAGACGAGCUUAACAGAGACGACCGCGCCUGAACUUGCGAAGCUGCUUUAUUGGCUGAUGGUGGUUGGGUACAGCCUGCGUAACAUCGAAGUUCGCUUUGACAUGGAGCGAGUUCUUGGCACUCCUCCGAAGCUUCAAGAGUUGCCCCCAGGAGAAAAUUUGUAAGAACAAGGGGGAGACUGCUUAUAUAAAUAAAUAUAUAUAUAUAUAUAUAUAUGCGAAUUUAAAAAUUUUGUUAUGACAGGUUUGUGGCGAUUGUCUAAUUUAAAAUUAGCUUAGGAUCAGACUUAAUAUAUGACCAAUUGUUGGGUAGAGGGCAAAGUUUUUGCAUGCCGCACACCUUACCCUCUUGGAUGAAUUCUAGAAUUUGGUGAAAUUUAUAUAAAUGCUAUAAGAAUUAAUUUA